UGACAACAAUGACAGAGGAAAUGCCAAGUACAACAUUUCCUCCAACCACAACAUAUGAUCUGGUGGAAAUUGAUGUGAUGCUUGAACUGAGGAUUCCUCUCUCCAGUGUCCAAGCUGAUAUUCUUGAUUUAUUUAGAAAGACUCUGAAAAAUGAAACCUUCCCUAUAACCAUCUCCCAAUCUUUGGAAGUAAAAGAGUUGCUGUUUACCACAGCCUGCUCUCCAAACUCCACUAACGGACUCAUUUGUAAUUGUGAGGAUGGUUUUGCUUGGCCAUGUGAGAUGUGCAACAACAGUAAUUCAUGCAGUGAUGUCAGAGGUCAGACCUGUACAUGCAUUUAUGGACUUCCAUCUGACAAUGAGUUCUGUCAGCCAAUCACAAAUAACUCUUUCUGCCCAACCGCUACUCCAGUAUUGACAACAAUGACAGAGGUAAUGCCAAGUACAACUCCAUCUCCUCCAACAACAACAUAUGAUCUGGUGGAAAUUGAUGUGAUGCUUGAACUGAGGAUUCCUCUCUCCAGUGUUCAAGCCGAUAUACUUGAGUUAUUUAGAAAGACUCUGAAAAAUGAAACCUUCCCUAUAACCAUCUCCCAGUCUUUGGAAGUAAAAGAGUUGCUGUUUACCACAGCCUGCUCUCCAAACUCCACAAACGGACUAAUUUGUAAUUGUGAGGAUGGUUUUGCUUGGCCAUGUGAGAUGUGCAACAACAGUAAUUCAUGCAGUGAUGUCAGAGGUCAGACCUGUACAUGCAUUUAUGGACUUCCAUCUGACAAUGAGUUCUGUCAGCCAAUCACAAAUAACUCUUUCUGCCCAACCGCUACUCCAGUAUUGACAACAAUGACAGAGGUAAUGCCAAGUACAACUCCAUCUCCUCCAACAACAACAUAUGAUCUGGUGGAAAUUGAUGUGAUGCUUGAACUGAGGAUUCCUCUCUCCAGUGUCCAAGCUGAUAUACUUGAGCUAUUUAGAAAGACUCUGAAAAAUGAAACCUUCCCUUUAACCAUCUCCCAAUCUUUGGAAGUAAAAGAGUUGCUGUUUACCACAGCCUGCUCUCCAAACUCCACUAACGGACUAAUUUGUAAUUGUGAGGAUGGUUUUGCUUGGCCAUGUGAGAUGUGCAACAACAGUAAUUCAUGCAGUGAUGUCAGAGGUCAGACCUGUACAUGCAUUUAUGGACUUCCAUCUGACAAUGAGUUCUGUCAGCCAAUCACAAAUAACUCUUUCUGCCCAACCGCUACUCCAGUAUUGACAACAAUGACAGAGGUAAUGCCAAGUACAACUCCAUCUCCUCCAACAACAACAUAUGAUCUGGUGGAAAUUGAUGUGAUGCUUGAAGUGAGGGUUCCUCUCUCCAGUGUCCAAGCUGAUACACUUGAGUUAUUUAGAAAGACUCUGAAAAAUGAAACCUUCCCUAUAACCAUCUCCCAAUCUUUGGAAGUAAAAGAGUUGCUGUUUACCACAGCCUGCUCUCCAAACUCCACUAACGGACUAAUUUGUAAUUGUGAGGAUGGGUUUGCUUGGCCAUGUGAGAUGUGCAACAACAGUAAUGUAUGCAGUGAUGUCAGAGGUCAGACCUGUACAUGCAUUUAUGGACUUCCAUCUGACAAUGAGUUCUGUCAGCCAAUCACAAAUAACUCUUUCUGCCCAACCUCUGCUCCAGCAGGGCCAACAAUGACAGAGGCAGUGCCAAGUACAACACCAUCUCAUCCAUCAACAGCUUAUGAGGUGCUUGAUGUGGUCUAUGAAGUGUUCAUCCCAGUGACCAGCGCCCCACCAAGUUUACUUGACUUGUUCAGAAGGACUCUAAAAAAUGAAAGCUUCCCUUUAAUCCUCUCACCUUCAUUAACAGUAAUAGAACUAAAUCUAACCAAAGUCUGUGAGCCAAACUCCAAUUAUGGCCUGCAAUGUAAAUGUGAGGAUGGUUUUGCCUUGCCAUGUGAUAUGUGCAACAGCUACAAUUCAUGUAGUAGUGACAGCAGUCAAACCUGCACAUGCAUAUAUGAACCUUCCUUUGUUGACCAGUACUGCCAGCCAAUCACUGAUUUCCUUCUGUGUCCUGGUACAUUGAAUACAACAACCGCACCAGUGGUGACAAAUGCAACAACACUAGAAAUAAUUGUUGAGACCAAAUCAACAACAGAGCCAGAAAUGACCACGGUGACAAACGCAACUACAAUGCCAGAAAUGACCACAGUGACAAACGCAACAACAAUGCAAGAAAUCACCACAGUCACAAACGCAACAACAAUGCCAGAAAUCACCACGGUGACAAAUGCAACAACAAUGCCAGAAAUGACCACCGAGAUAAACGCAACAACACCAGAUGUGACCACAGUCACAAAUGCAACAACAAUGCCAGAAAUUACCGCACUCACAAACGCAACAACAACCCCCGAAAUGACCGGAGAUGCAAACGCAACAACAACCCCAAAAAUCACCACAGUUGCAAACGCAACAACAACCCAAGAAAUUACCAGAGUUGCAAACACAACAACCCCAGCAUUGACCACAGUUGCAAACGCAACAACAGUGCCAGACAUGACCACAGUGACAAACGCAACAACAAUGCUAGAAAUGACCACAGUGACAAAUGCAACAAAAAUGCCAGAAAUGGCCAAAGCGACAAACGCAACAACAAUGCCAGAAAUGACUACAGUGGCAAACACAACAGCAGUGCCAGACAUGACCACAAUGACAAACGCAACAACAAUGCCAGAAAAUACCACAGUGACAAAUGCAACAACAACGCCAGAAAUGACCACUGUGACAAACACAACUACAAUGCCAGAAAUGACCACAGUGACAAACGCAACAACUCCAGAAAUGAAAACUGUGACAAAUGCAACAACAACCCCAGCAAUGACCACAGUUGCAAACGCAACAACAGUGCCAGACAUGACCACAGCGACAAACGCAACAACAAUGCUAGAAAUGACCACAGUGACAAAUGCAACAAAAAUGCCAGAAAUGACCAAAGCGACAAACGCAACAACAAUGCCAGAAAUGACUACAGUGGCAAACACAACAGCAGUGCCAGACAUGACCACAGUGACAAACGGAACAACAAUGCCAGAAAAUACCACAGUGACAAACGCAACAACAACGCCAGAAAUGACCACUGUGACAAACACAACUACAAUGCCAGAAAUGACCACAGUUACAAACGCAACCACAAUGCCAACAAUGACAACAUUGACAAACACAUCAAUGCCAGAAAUGACCAUGAUGACAAACACAACUAUGCCAGAAGUGACCGGCGUGAUAAACGUAACAUCAGACAUGACAACUGUGACAAAUAUUACAACAUUGGAAAUGACAACAGUGACCAACACAACAACAAUGCCAGAAAUAACCAUGGUGACAAACACAACUAGAAAUCCAGAAAUGACCACAGUGACAAACGCAACAACUCCAGAAACGAAAACUGUGACAAAUGCAACAACAACUCCAGAAAUUACCACAGUGACAAACUCAUCAACUCCAGAAAUAAAAACUGUGACAAAUGCAACAACAACUCCAGAAAUUACCACAGUGUCAAACGCAUCAACUACAGAAAUUACCACAAUGACAAACGUAACAAUGCCUCAAAGAACCACAGGGACAAACUCAACAUCACCAUCAGAAAUUACUGUGGUGACAAAUGCAAAAAACACUAUACAAAUUACCACACAGACAAACACAACAACAUUGCCAGAGCUUACAAUAAUAACAACCCUAAGAACACCAGAUAUGCCAAUAGUGACAAACUCAACGCAAAUCAUUGAAACAGUAGACAAAACAACAGCUGCUGUCUUUACUGUAAAAGAAAGCUUUACUCUAAACAUGGACUUUCAGGACUCAUACAAUAACCCAACCAGUGAUGUUUAUAAGGAUAUUUAUGCUUCUGCUGAAACAAAUUGCCAGGAAUACAUGUCAAAAGAUUGCAGUGUGCAGGGUCUAAACUUUAGGUCUGGAAGCACCAUCGCUGACUUUUCUCUCAGCAGUUCUUCUCAGGAUGCAUCACAACUUCAAUUAGCAAAAGACGAAAUGUUAAAUCAACUGGCAGAAAAAUAUCCUGUGGACAUCUUCAGUAACACAUUAUAUAUGUCAGUUGGCGAAGUUACUUCAGAGGAAAUAAUUGCUGGGGACUAUGUAACUCUGACAUGUGGACCUCCUCCAACUAAUUUUGGGUUAAAUCUAAGGGUGGUUUGGACACUUGAUGGAACAGUCCUCCAAACAAUUAAACCCAGUGAUGACGGGACCUCGAAAUACAAAAUCUCACCAUUCUUUAAAAUUCAUGAUGGGCAAUAUACCUGUAAGAUGAGCCGUGCAGAUGGUGCCACUUUCACACAGAGCAGAAACCUAAAGUCUAAACCAGCACCCCUGAUCACUGUUAAACCAAUAAUUGGAUCAUUGAAAUGUCCUGGUUCUCUGACACUAGAGUGUUCUGUUAGAGGAGACUACCAGGUUGAAUUUAAGGGCCUGGACCCUCCAAGUUCUAGCCCAGAUUCAAAAAUCAAAUAUGAGUAUCAAGCCCCUGAUGGAUGUACCCCAGAGGAAAAGACAAUAACCUGUCAAGUAACAACAAAGCCAGAGGUUAAGAAAAUCAUUAAACUGACAUUAAACCCAAACGUUCUUUGUGAAGGUGAUGAUGUAUUCAGUGCUGGACCUGAAGGUUUUUUUGCUGUUGGUCCCUGUAAAGAGGGUAUGGUGGGAAACAAAACCGCAGUUUGUAAGGCUGAUGGCACGUAUGGAGAUAUCCAGGACAACUGCGUCCUAGAAGUUAUACAGAACCUGCUUGAUCAGUCAGAGGAACUGGAUAAAGUCACCCUGCCAGGAUUCUUGGAAACCCUCAAGGAUGCAACUAUCAACAACACAAAGACAAUAACUGAUUCUCCAGCAACCAUCAACGCAAUGGUUAACAUCUUAGAAAAUAUUGCUCGAAGGGUAGAUUUUUUAAAUAUCACAAUAAAUGAAGAAUCCACAAGGAACAUCCUGGAAAGUACCGGAGUUCUCACCACUGAUGCUGCAAAAAAAUCAUGGGAUCAACUGAACAGUAAUAAUACAGGAACCAGAAAUGCCAGCUCUUCGUUUUUAAGGGCUUUUGAAGGAAUAACAGCUCAUGUUGUCAAUGAACCUUUGAAAAUAAAUACACAAAAUAUAAUUUUCACCAAAACUAAUUUCACAAACAUUUUCAACGCGGACUUUAAUUCCUCAGUGGAGGUAGAGAUACCAGAACCUGGGGGAGAGAAGCAGUCAAUUUCAGUGAUACUAUUUGCAUCCAUGGACAACGUUCUUCCUGUGAGAGAAAAAACAAAUACAUCAUCCAGUGUUAUCAAUGGAAGAGUUGCACUUAUCCAGCCAGAAUCAGAUCUUACGAACAUAUCAAUAGCUUUUGAUGUAAUUAAUGAAACCCUGGGAAACCCUAAAUGUGUUUUUUGGGAUUUCAAACUGUUUGAUGGUCUUGGAGGCUGGAGUGAGGAUGGCUGCUCCUUUGUAAUGAGUGAAAAUGGAUCAGUCACCUGCAACUGUAACCAUACCACCUCGUUUUCUAUUCUAAUGUCACCCUCCAGCUAUACUGAUCCUCCGUUGGAAUACAUCACCUACAUUGGACUUGGAAUCUCUAUGGGUUCUUUGAUUAUAUGCCUAAUCAUUGAAGGCAUUGUAUGGAGAAAAAUAAGAAAGAACACAACAUCGUACUUGCGUCAUGUGUCUAUUGUUAACAUCGCUGUGUCUCUCCUGAUUGCAGACAUUUGGUUUUUCAUUGGAGCGGCCAUUUCAAAGACAAAAAAUGCACCAGCAUGCACAGCAGCUACCUUUUUUAUCCAUUUUUUCUACCUGGCUCUGUUCUUCUGGAUGCUAGCCUCAGCCCUGUUGUUGCUCUACCGUAUGGUCAAUGUCUUUGAUGGAGGGCUGUCUAAAGCAUCUAUGCUGGCCAUUGGAUUCUCUUUGGGAUAUGGUGCACCACUGAUCAUUGCAACAAUAACUAUAGCUGUAACUGCUCCUUCAAAAGAAUACAUCAGAGGCAAUGUUGUCUGUUGGCUCAACUGGGACGAGUCCAAAGCUCUUUUGGGGUUUGUGAUACCUGCACUUCUGAUAGUGGCCGUGAACCUUAUAAUCCUGAUUGUGGUGAUAUUCAAAAUGUUAAGGAGAAGAUCAGGGGAGAAUGCUGCCCAAGCAGGAGAAAAGCAUGUCCUGCUGGUGAUUGCCAGGAGUCUGGCUGUUCUAACACCAUUUUUUGGAAUAACUUGGGGUUUAGGAGUUGGAAUCAUGUUUAGUCCAAACAACAGAGGGAUCCACAUUACAUUUGCACUGUUCAAUUCCCUGCAGGGUUUCUUCAUUUUGGUGUUUGGAACUCUAUUGGACAGAACAGUGCGGUCAGAGAUCAGAAAAUCUCAGAGAUCUACCUCGCAAACAAGAACAAGGAGCACAAGUGCUGGAACCAUAUCCAGUGGAUUUGGAAACCUUUUCAGGAGAUUCAGAAAAGGAAAACGCUCUACAAGUGGCUACCAGGUGUCAUCUAAUGGAUCCAUGGACUCAUCCUCCAACACUUAAUACAUUGCAAAGAAAAUUAUGGUUAAUUUGAUAAGACUGUCCAUGCCAUAAUUCAAUUAUUUAAA